GCAGGGUGUAUCCAAUACAGGAUAAAAUUAGGCCAGGCAGGCCUUAUACUGCUGACGGAGCUGGGGUGGCCAAAAAAAGCCCGGAGUGCGGGCCAACGGUGGGAGCGCGAGGAAGAGAGGGGAGCAAGCAGGAUUGCCGCAGAAAUGGCCAACAAACUCGUGGAGCUUGUGUACUGGCGGAACGUGAAGAAGACUGCCGUGGUGUUCACGGGCCUGGUGGUCGGCCUGGCCAGCCUGUUUCAGCUCAGUGCCAUCACGGUGCUCUCCCACAUCUGCCUCGGGGUCAUGUGUGUCACCUUCACCCUUCGCCUGUACUACAAGCUGCUGGAGCUGCUGCGCUGGAACCCGGGCGUCCACCCCUUCCAGUCCUAUCUGGAUUAUGACAACUCUCUGACUGAUAAGGAGACGGUGGUGCUGGUGGAGGAGGUGGUGCUGCUCGUCGCGUUCGCCGUCACAGAGUUCAAACGCCUCCUCUUCAUUGACAGCAUGAUGGACUCGAUAAAGUUUGCUUUACUUCUGUAUCUACUGAGCUAUGUCGGCGUCCUAACUACCGGACUGACUCUGGUGAUUACUGCUGUGAUUGCCGUUUUCUCCCUUCCUCUGUUGUACAAGAAGCAGCAGGUGCGGAUAAGGAGGCUCGUACGAGCGGUCAGAGCUUUCGUAAGAAAGAUCAGGAACAUGUGCAAGAAUCUGUAUGAGUCUGUGAGACCCCCGCCGGCCCCCGCCCCGGCCCCAAAGCCUGCAGCUGUAGCCGCUCCUGCCCCGAAAGCGAAAGCCAAGUCAAAGUAACUGCGCUGGCUGUCGAGUGAAGGCGCCCAGGAAUGAGGGAUCUGGAAACUGUUGGAAUGGGGCAUCCUCUGCGGGGCCGCCGGAGGGGCAGCUCUUUUCCAUGUCUCCGCCGUGAUGCUUGUUUAUGGGAGCAAGAUUUAAUUGAUCCUGACAGCUGAAACAAAGCUGCCAUUCACUCAAAGAGAAGUUGGGGGGGGGGGGAAGACAUCAGAGGAGGGGAAUUUUAUUUACCGA